GGUGUCCGGGUCGGCCGCCAGGGCGCAGCACCGCCGCCACACCGCCGCCGCCGCCGCACCAACACUGCGUCUCCCGCUCAGUCAGUCCCCAGCCCCCGCCGCGAGCACUCGACCCCGCGCUCCUCCUAAGGUCACAUGUUCCGCGUCUGAGAACCCCGGGGACCACAGCCGAGCCCCCUCUCCCCCGCGCCGCUCCUCGCCUCGAGUCUCCGGAAGGUGUCCUGACGAAGCCGCUCGCACUCCCGCCCUCGCCAUGAAGGUCGAACGCGCAAGUUCGGUGUGCUCGGACGACGCCCCGUCCUCCCCCGACUCCGUCAUGUCCGCGGGAGAGUCUUCGCCGCAGCCUCCCUCCCCCGCGCUGCCCCUCACGGAUCCCUACGAUGACCAGCGCCUCUACUCGCCCGCCUACUCCGCGCACAGCCCCGCCUACAGCACCACCAGCACCACCAGCAACAGCAGCACAGGCAGCACGGGCGGCGCCUCUCCAGCCUACAGCUGCCCCGCCAGCCCCGGGUACCAGCGCCCGGCCUCGCCCGACUUCGGCUUCCAGUUCACGCCCGCGCCGCCCGGCUACGCCGACGUGGAGCAGUUCGGGUGCCAGGCCGAGUUCGUGCGGGCGGUGCUGGACGGCAACCCGCGGGAGCUGAAGCGCAUCCUGACGCGGUACUCGCAGCUGGUGCAGAUCAACGGCUUCACGGCGGACGGGCAGACGGCGCUCACGCAGUCGUGUAUGGACGGCAACCUGGAGGUGAUCAAGGUGCUGGUGGCGCACGGCGCGUCCCUGCACCUCACCAACCGCGACGGGUUCUCGCCCCUCCACCUGGCGUGCUGGCGUGGCAAGCCUGACGUCAUGGAGUACCUCCUCCACUCCGCCUCCAGCAGACGGUAAUCCUUGUGAUAUCUACCUAGCUUAGUGACCCGUGCCAUGCAUGUGCGUGGUGAUAUGUGCCAUGCGGCUGCAUGGCGCCCUUUACCAUGCUCGUGCAUGGUGACCUGUGCCAUGCGUGAGUGUGGUGUUGUACAGCGCCGUGAGGCAGCAGAGUGCCGUAAAGUGAGGGCGGCAGGGACGGUCCAGCUCGCUCGCCCUGUGCAAUACCUUUGGAAUAUUCUAUUAUACAAUGUGUGUGCGUGUGUGUGUGUUCGCUGGAACUGUGCGGCCCCGUGAGUGUGACGGCGGCCAUCCUCCAUCAUGUUACAGUCUGUGAUGUCGGCACGGGAGGGAGGGAGGGAGGGAGGGAGGGACGAGGCGGCGUGGGAACCUGCCCGCCGCGACCGCCAUCGCCGCGCCGCCGCCCGAGCCCCGUCCUCGGGAGGCUGGUUUGCUUACUGGCGGGCGGGAGAAGCCCCAGAGGCCGGCCUCCUUACCCUCCUCCUCCUCCUACUCCUCCUCUUCCUCCUCCUCGGAAGGUGGAGGACGUCCCCUCCUCCAACCUCGUCCUCGACGUGCUACUUGCCCCGAGACCCUCUCGACGGAGAGGGUACGUUCUCUUCCUCCCCCCCUGCGACGCCACUACGAGAGCAGGAGUGGGACAGGGGCGGGGGAGGCGAGGGUGGAGGGGUCCCCUCUACCCCGGGCCUCCCCAGGUGGAUCGCCCUCCUCUCCUUCCCUUCUCCCUCCCCCUCCCCGCCCUCCUCCUCCUCCCGCCGCUGGUGUGUGCGCUACAACAUCGGGUGUGAUGGAAUGUCGAGCGCGAGCGGAGGGGGGGCGGCGGGCGGCGGGCGGAGGCGACGGCGGCCACGAAGCGACGAGUCGACUCCUACGUGCAAUAUAUUGUGAAGAAGAGCAGCAGAGAGGAACUGGUGACCCAUCGUAAGAAGAAAGAAAAAAAAAACUAAAAAAAAAAUCUAUAUAUUCUCAUUGUUAAUAAUGUGAUAAAGCGACAGGCCUACGUCGCCUGAGCUCGACUGUGCUACGCUGUUCCCAUUUGUCUCAGACCGUGCACGCAGAAGCCCACAACCAAUAUAUAUAUUAACACGAAACAUCUGUGUAGUGUAGUGUGUCAAACCGAGUUCUUCAAAUAUAUAUUUAAAAUGCUAGAGAAGAACAAGAACAAAAAAAGAACAAUAUAAAACUAAAGAAUAUACGUAAUAAAAAAGUAAGACGAAAAAAAAUCUCCCAGCUGUAGCAACAAGCACCUGUCACAGCUGUUGUACGUCAGAGCCGAGGUACACUUGCGUCUCGGAGCUCCUUCCUCGCCAGUUCAUGUUUCUCAGUUACUAACUGGACUUCGAAGAGAGAGAGAGAGAGAGAGAGAGAGAGAGAGAGAGAGAGAGAGAGAGAGAGAGAGAGAGAGAGAGAGAGAGAGAAAGAGAGAGAGAGAGGUGGCCUAAGUGCAUGCGUGCGCGUGAGAGCGGCCUGGCGAACGCAAAAGGGCCCAGGGAGAAGAGAUCCCAGCAGCCUCUCCCUCUUGUAGAACAGCAGAGGUCCCAGCAGACACGAUGGUGACGUCAUCAUCGGCCCUCCCCUCCCCCCGCCGACCCCUCACCCCUCCUGUAGUGAAGACCGCAGCAUCACAACGCGACGAAGACGAAGGGUGAGGGCAAAGGGGGAGGGGGAGGGGACGAGAGAGACUUCAGCGGCUCCGUUACAUAAGGUCCAUUCUCCGUGACUAUAGCAAGAGAAAGUGAUCCUUAGAGAGGAUAGCCGCAAGGUGGGGGGAAGAUUCCCCCCCCCCACAAACCCCUCCCCUGCCAUCUCUCCGUACCCCUCCCGACGCCCCCUUCUUCCAGAGCUUUUCCAGCAGUGACCACGAAGGAGGUGGACGAGAGAGAGGGCACGAAAGAAGAACCUGCAGGAGAGAGAGAGAGAGAGAGAGAGAGAGAGAGAGAGAGAGAGAGAGAGAGAGAGAGAGAGAGAGAGAGAGAGAGAGAGAGAUGAAGAAUAUCAAGAACGAAGUCAAGUAGCAGCCGAAAGGACAAGGAGAAGGCGAAGAAAGGAGAAAGAUCCGGAGGAGAAAAAAGGGAGAGAGAGAAGGAAGGAGAGAGUGAAGGAACUCGGACAAGCACCAUCAGCAGCGUGAACCCCCUCCCCCGCCCCCCCCAACCCAUCGUGUGUCUAUUUCGUCUUUCGUCACCCUCUUGGGCUGCGACGGAGCAAGACAGUGAUAUACAGUUCAUCGUGCCUUAAGAUCUAUGUUAAGUUGUUGUUAUAUGUUGAGAUGAUCCUUAUUUACAACGCAAUGUUUUUUUUCACAUAUUUUUUUCCUUUAAUUAUUUCCAUAGUCCAUCUUUGUCGAUGGAUUGAUUGUAAUAUUAAACUUUCAGAUAUGGUCUUAUAUUACUGAAUUAUAGCUAUAUUUUUAUA